UACGUAACUAAAAAGAAAAAAGAAGUCAAGAAAAACGAUAAAUUUCACGUAAAAGGAAACUAAAACAAAAUUCCAUGAAAGACAUUUCGAGAAACAUAUGCACGUAACGAAGAGUUUUCAUACAACUUAGUGAUCAAAUGUUGAAAUUCAUGGCGUUUUGUGAAAAGCACUUACGUGUUCAGCGUGAAGACGGGGCUAGCAAAUAUUUGCAUGCAAAAUUUGCAUAAGUGCUUAUUUGUAAAUUUCAUUUUACAAGUGCAGCCAAAACAUUAAGUGCGGAAAGCAUUUUCUCAGAUAAACAAGUUAAAGUAUCGUACAGCAGGCCCUUUCGGAGUCCAAGUCAAAGAAGAAGACUAACAACUAUAGACAUAUCGCCAACAUCAGCUGGCCAUACGUCAGAUCUAAGGUGAUGUUUUGUACAAAUUUAAAUAAUUUUUAGUAGAACAGAUAAAAAUUAUUUGUCCUAGCAAUUCAACCAAUCAUUACGCUCGCAUUUCACUAUGAGAAGCAAUCCUUCUUUCGUAUGAUAACAACUUCAAACCGAUUAUAAUGUGAUUCAAUACAAUUUUAUCGUUGGUGAAAAUGUGUGCUAGGGCAUAAAAUUUCGGGACAACAUUUAGCUGCAAAAAACAGCUCCGACAAAUACAAUGAACAUUGCCUUUCCAAACAUUUUAAUAAAGAGGGAGCAUAAAAAAUGCAUUUAUACAUGGCAAAUAUAUACAUUCAAAAAUUUUCUAAUAUAAAUGUAUAAAUGUCAAAUAAAUGCAAGAAAAUAUUGACGUCAGUAAUAUUCAACUUUAAAAAAGAAAUAUUAUAAACUACUCCGUAGAAAAAAACAAUCAUUAAUUAUUUAGCAAAGAAUGAGAUGAGAAUAAUUAGAACAACCAAUAUAAUUAUAUCGAGAGGACGUCGCACAAGAAAUACAGUAAUUUGAAAAACGUGAAAUUAAUAAAGUGAACCAGAAUUCAGAACAAUCAGUCAGAAAUUAUGUACAUUCACACUCUAGAGAGUGCGCCUCAGCAAAUGGACUACUACACUCGAGGAACCACGUAGAAUAUGUAGAUGUACGACAUAAAUAUUGUAUUAACGAGUUUGAUAACGAAACAAUAAUAAAAUCAAAGAAACAGAGCCUAAACAUGUUACAGCAAUAUGGCAAUACUCGCUCAGUCAAUAACAAGAUAUUAUUUGGCUAAUAAUGAAUGCAUUUAUUAACGAGAUAAGAGAGUUAGAUGAAGUGUUUCAAACACGUCCGCAAUGAGAAAAUCACGGCAGACAAGGUAGCAAUUAUUUUUCAAAAAUUUUUACAACAAGCGAAAGGUCUGAUAAAAGUUCAGUGAUGUAGAUAGCUAAACGACCCACUCAAAUGGCCGACGUGUUUUUAUUUAUUUAUUGAUUAUAUUUCAUUCAAAUUAAGAAUAAAGUCGUGUCUGUCUGCCAGAAGGAAAGACGUGGCAUUUGUUUUCAUUAAGCAUUCGCACAAAGUUCAUUAAUAUCCAAAAGUAUGACAAUUGAAAUGCGGAAACUUCAUGCUGAGUGGCUCUCAACGAUGAAGAUCGACGACAUAUUUAUCGUAAGAUGAAAUGAAAGUUCAACUUAUCAGGAAACGGGAAAACGGUCUUACCACAUUUUGAAGAAGAAGACAAAACGGAAAUUCUACAUAUAAUUGGUUGUAUAUGUGUCGACGAAUAUGGAUAUUUAAUAGUCAUAGUAAUUUGGUUAUUGAUCAGCUUAUGGUCUGUUGGAAAGAUAUAUAAAUAAAAUUAAUCUGCCUCGAAGAGCUCCCGUUGAUAUAAUUGUUGUCGGAGAAACCAUUCAAGCAAGAACUUUCCGCAAUCUCUUAUCUGGCAAUUGACGAUCUUCUCCUUUGAAUACUCCAGUCUUCAGAUAGAACAGACAAAACGUGAAGUAAAUCGUAAAAACGAUGUCGAUGACCACGGAGAGCAGCUCAAUCAAUGUCACAGAUGCAAAAAACAUGUCGUCGUUGGAUGAAGGAAACAACGCCAUGAAUAAAGGUUUCUUCAUAUUUUACGUCGUGAUGGAGAGCAUUAUCCUAGUCUUUGGCACCAUUGGUAACGUACUCGUCGUACUCGUCGUCGUCAAACGACACAGGAUGCGAACUGUCACUAAUUAUUUCAUUCUAAACCUGGCAAUUAGUGAUCUCAUUGUGCUUAUUAGUAACAUCCCAAUCGAUUUUACGAUGGAUUUCAUGAAAAAAUGGGUGUUUGGAAAAGUCAUGUGUCUUAUUAUCCGCCCAUUACAAACAUUGGGCACAACUGCAUCAAUCUUGACUUUGGUUGCCAUUUGUUUGAGCAGAUAUCAUGCGAUAAUUUACCCAUUUCAUCGCCAGUUGAACCUGCCACAUGCAAAGGUAGUGGUGAUUUCAAUAUGGAUAAUCUCGAUGGCGAGCAUCAUACCGUACGCAGUAGCGACAAAGUACGAAUCAAAGACGCACGAGUGUAUGGAAGAUUUUGAAAGCAUCGGCAUGUCAUAUGAAGCAUACACAAUAACAUUAUUUACGAUGCAAUAUGUUUUACCUAUGAUCAUAAUGACCUACGCAUACAAUAGGAUAAGAGUGGGAUUGAGGUGGGAUACUUGUCAUGAAUGUGGCACACUAAUGGACCCUUGCUAUAGAAGAGACACAAGGACAGUUAUAAGAAUGUUAUCAAUAGUUGUCUUGGCGUUUGGUGUCCUUACAUUACCCUUACAUAUUGUGUGGAUCUGGCACGAUUUCUUCCAUGGUCGCAAAGAGCCCAGUUACGAAUACAUAAAAACUGUAGCAAUAAUAAUGCUGUAUGGAAACAGUUUCGCGAACCCAAUCAUUUACAACAUAUGCAGCGAUCAAUUCCGCGAAGGAUUUGCCAAAAUGAUCGGUUCGCUUUUAAAACCGUGUAACUUUUUCAUGAAAACCACAAAACUAUGUCAGCACAUGGCCAACACAAACCGUUAUAACACCGAUGAAGUAGAGUCACGUGACGACCGAAGAACUUUAUAUCAGCAAAGACGUAAAGAAAGCGCGGAUAUCGUGAUGUCAGAAUCGGCAUGUGGAGGUCGUUGUGCGGAAGUUAGUAGAAGACGUGAAAGCGAGAUAAUUGAAAGAAGAAGAAGGGAAACUGGCGUCAUGACGUAUGUAACGGCCGUUUAUGCGAGAAUCGCAAAAGGACAUGUGCGUGUUUCGUUUGAGUGGCGGUACGUCGACAUAAUCGGAUAUUUUGUUUAUUUAGGUUGGGAUUUUUUAUCCAGCGAUAUGUUCAACAAUAGCACGAAAGGACAUGACGAGCUUUCAGAUAUCGAAUUCUUCGAGAUUAUUUCCACCAUUUUCGUUUGCAUUGUUGGUGGAAUUGGUAAUAUUUUGGUUGUUUUGGUCGUAUGCCGGCAGAGUAAAAUGAGGACAAUAACCAACUAUUUGAUCGUCAACCUGGCAGUAAGCGAUUUGUUUGUAUUAUUUUUCAACAUACCAUUGGAUCUGAUCGUCAGAUUAUCUGGUAAUAAAUGGUUAUACGGGCCUGCUUUGUGUAAGGUGAUUUAUCCAUUUCAAACUAUGGCGACAACUGUGUCGGUGUGGUCCCUGGUAGCCAUAAGUGUUGGAAGAUACAUAGCCAUUAUCUAUCCUUUUCGUCCACAACUACGGACUCAUCACGCCAAAUGGAUUAUUUUGACAGUAUGGUCAAUAGGACUUGUUGUAGUCAUUCCGUAUGGUGCCGCUCUCGAAGUCGAAGAAGGUUCUUGCCGAGAAAAUUUCGAAGUUGCUGGCAUGACAACAGAAGUUUUUACCUUGGCUGUUUUUGUCGUACAAUACGUUGUCCCGUUGGUCAUUAUUAUGGUCUGUUACGUUAGAGUGGGUAUGGAGUUGUCAAAGAGCAAUCUCGCACACGAAAACAUGCAUCUUUUCCGAGAACAACAGAAAGAGACACAAAAAGUGAUCAAAAUUCUUCGACUUGUCGUGACGGCAUUCGCAGUGCUUGUGUUACCUAUUCACGUGUACUACAUAUGGUUGGAUUUCUUUGAUGGAGGUUCAUCUUCAUUGAGUAAGGUUUUUCAUGUCAUGGCCGUGGUGAUGUUGUACUGCAACAGCGCUUGCAACCCUAUCUUAUACAAUAUUUGUAACGAACAGUUCCGUGAUGGUUUCAGAGAGUAUUUUGCCCCGUGCUUUAAUGUCCUCUGCCCUGGUGUGAACUGUAAAAAAAGGAGACGCCGUACGAGUCAAAGGGAAUCGGAAGCUUUCUCCUUCAAUACUACAAAUUCUAGGCUCUCAGCGGCAAGUCAAAUCAGCUACGCUAGACAUUCUCUCAUUCCAAAUGAAAACUGUCCAACAGUCCAAUCAAACGAAGAUCACGAAGAGCACAGCGCAAGCACCAAUGUAUAAUAUGAUAGAUUGAAUACAGGAUCUUCAAGGUGGAAUACAUAUUCAUGAUUUCAUAAGGCGGAUUUUAUAAUUUCAAAAUAUGAAUAAGACUUCAUAUACGACGAUUAUGAAGUAUGCAAGGCUCGUUGGUGUACAUAAUUUUAUGAUUGAAAAUUGAGAUUUUUCCAAUAAAUCGAGAGCAAAUGGUGAUGUUUUCCUAUAAAUUGAAAGCUGCCAUGUUGCUCGUUGACUUUAAAGUCCUGACAUCAA